UUUUCAUAAUUUCAUCAAAUUUCUAAUCCUACACACUUCUUUUUAGCAACUACAAAAACUAGGUGACCUUAUAAAUAAAUUUGAGAGAUUAGUUUUCGACCGUUAGUUGAAUACCUGAAGUCAUCGAUAAAAAGGUAAUUAAUAAAUUACUAUACAUCACUCUGCGCGCUUUGAGUUAAAAAGAUUAAUAUCUGACUUUCUGUUGAGAUAUCUUGAAACACCAAUAUAAAAUGUCACGAACAAUAGAGAUAACAAUUUUGUCAGCAGAGAAUCUCCAAGAAAACAAAAAAGCUAUAAAAGGGAACACCUUUGUCACGGUUCAAUGCGACGGAAGCAGCGAUGAAUUGAGCACGACCAAAAUUGAUUGGGAAGGCGGGAGUUACCCAAAAUGGAAUGAGAAGUUGGUUAUUGAUGUGCCAUCACAUGCAAGGUUUAUAACAAUAGAGGUGAAGUACAAAAUAAGAGGAAGUAGUAGUAGUAUUGGAAUGGCUAGAAUACCGGUUUCAGAUUUUAUUGGAGGGUAUGUACAUGAAAAUCAAUUGCAAUUUUUAAGUUAUAGGUUGUGGGACAAUAGAGUUAGGAGAAAUGGGGUUAUAAAUAUUUCAACUAAGGUAAAAUUCUCCCAACAAAAUUCUUGUUGCAAUUCGAUAUCGUCGACAGGGAAUGGAGUUCCGGUGACCGGGAUUCCGGUGGCAGGGAAUGGCUCCACAAGUGUUGUAACGGGGAUUCCAGCUGUUUGGUUAAACUACCAAAGAAAUAUUUGAAUUGUACUUUGUCAUCGUCAUGUAUUAAAAAAUAAAGCAUACAUUUUCUUUU